GAACUGUGUUUGAUGUAUUUUGUUCAGGUCCUAGCUUUUAUUAAACAAAAAAAUGCUGCAAAUUUUACAUGAACCGUGUUUAGGUCAAACAUGUAUUAUCCUAAUAUUGUGAAAGUAAACAUUUUCUACGUGCUGCAAAUUUCUAUUAUUGAUUUAAAUAUGCAGUUUCGCUUAUCGUGCUGCAGGUGGCGGUAAUGCCACACAAAGCUGAUUUCCUAACAGUCUUUAAACCAGACAAAGAAAGCUGAGCGGAAGUAUCCUAGUGGUUCGGUUCGGGGUUCUUUGCUCUAGCACAAACAUGAACGCACCUCCAGCCUUCGAGUCGUUUCUGCUCUUUGAAGGAGAGAAAAAGAUCGGCAUCAGUAAAGAUACCAAGGUCCCGAACGCGUGUUUGUUCACUCUGAACAAGGAAGACCACACACUGGGGAACAUCAUCCGAGCUCAGCUGCUGAAGGAUCCUCAGGUUCUGUUCGCGGGUUACAAAGUUCCUCAUCCUCUUGAGCACAAGAUCGUCAUCCGAGUGCAGACCACACCUGACUACAGUCCACAGGAAGCAUUCACCAAUGCCAUCACAGAUCUGAUCAGUGAGCUGUCUCUGCUGGAAGAACGCUUCAGAGUUGCCAUCAAAGACAAACAGGAAGGCAUCGAGUGACCCUGACCUCUGACCUCACCUCAUUUUGUUGUUUUGUUUUUCUAAAUAAACUUAAGAUGUCA